AUGAUAACGAAUAGUCAUCUAUAUUCACCUAAUCUGCAAUCUCAACAAUCACAACCCUCCUCGGGUCAGAUUACUCCCCAACUACACCCUCAGAACCACCAAUCCCAUCCACAUUACCUACAAAAUGGGGCAAUGGACUUGUCUAAUGCACAUCAACUGCCAAGGCAGCAUACGGCGGCUCUGUCUGGAGGAGGAUUAUUGCUUCCACUUCCAGCAAUCAAAAUACCACCAAUACGGGAAUCAGAACAAUCUCAACUAUCCUCACCAACUUCUCAACAAGACAUGGUUACUGUUUCUAAUGUAGGAACUAACCAGAAAACAAAAUCAAAGAGACCAUCCAAAGGCAGAGUCUUCCAAUGUACUGGAUACCCAGGAUGUACUAUGUCAUUCACUAGAAGUGAACAUUUAGCAAGACAUAAACGGAAGCAUACUGGUGAAAGACCAUUCUCAUGUCCAUAUUGCUCCAAGAAUUUUAGUAGAUUGGAUAAUUUACGUCAACAUAAACAAACGGUACAUUCUUAUGAAACGUAUUUGAAUAAAAAUGAUGAAGUGGAAUCCAAGGGUAAGACAAGACGGAAGAAUAAGCUUCAACGUCAACAACUGCAUGAAGAGCAACAACAGCAACAACAGCAACACCCGGAAUCACAACAACAACCACAACAACAACAGCAACAUGCCAUUCAACCACCACCUCAAUAUAUGUCCAACCAACCAAGUUAUCAAAAUGUAAACUCAGGUAAGAUUAUUCAAUAUCUGAAUCAGUACUAUGUUCAACAAUCAUAUGCUCAACCUAUACUAUCUCCUCAAAAUGGAUUCUACAUGCAACAACAGGUGUCACCAAUUGUACCUCAUCACCAUUUUCAACAACAACAGCAACAACAACAAGUACAAAGGGAUAUUACUAAUAAACCACUACCACCACUUCCUGCGCCUCAUCAGCAGCAACAACAACCAACAACACAAGUUUUGCAACAACCCACGCCAAUGGAAAAGCGCGAGUUACCAGUUUCUGAUGAUUUGAAGAUUCCUACCCAUCACUUUAGUAGGAAGAGAAGACCAAGACCACUUUCCUUAUUACGUUCAACUCAUGAUUUAGGAUUAUCAUCAGAUGAAGACAGUUUGAAGUCAGCACCUGCAAAUUCUACAUUUGACACUACUGCCACUAGUAUAUCAUUACCGCCACCUUUAAAAUCUGCAUCUUCAAUUACAUCAUCGACAUUUUCAUCAAAUUUGAUGAGUCCAUUAUCACCAUUAUUUCAUCAAUCUAUUAGAAGUACACCAAAUCUCCAUCGUACCACUUCUUCGAAUAUAUCUUCAAAAUCUCCACUAACACAAAUUUUUAAUCGAAAUUCGGUGAUUUCAAAUUCUAGUUUACCGUCGGUAUCUAAUUUACCUAAUCCAACUAUCCUAUGUACUACAUCAGUUAGUGAAAAUAUCCCCCCUACUAUGGCUCCAAUUAUUAGUACCUCAUCAUCAUCCUCAACAUCGUCACCUAAUCCAGAUAAUAAGAGGAAUUGGUUAAAGGGAGUAUUGAAUGCAGAACAAAAAGAGAAAUCUUUGGAUAUCGAUGCAGCAAGUAUUCCAUCAGUUUCGAUAAGUUCAGCUAGUCCCAAACCUAUGAAAGUAUUGAUUGAGAGGAUAAAUGAAGGAGAUGGGGAUAGUUCACGAAUGACAGUUGAACAAAAUAAGGAACAUACUUCACCUCCAUAUAUAUCUAAAAAGCCUACUAUCAAUAGUUUAAUUUCGUCAGAGGAAUCAGUUUCUCUGAAUGGACAAGAUUAA